AGAAAGCAAUUUGAAAGGACAAGGACUAUUGAGUAUUGACUUGAAAUUCUUGCACCAGACGACGUUGAGCGUUCAACUCGGAGAAGGCAGGAGUUCCGGCCAUGGAUGAGCUUGAAUUCCGACGUUUUCUUGAGCUCUUCCCGGUCGUCAGAUCUCGCGAUUUUCACCUUGAAUCUGAGACGAGGCAAUCAGCUUCUCAGUCGGUGCGAAAUUUGGAGGGAAGGAAACUACUCAAUGAAGGGAAUGGAGCUGAUGGAGGUAGUUCUAAGACUCGGGAAAUUGACUACCAUGAUGCAUUUUGGAACAAACUGAAGGCAGUUGCAGAGCAAAAGGUUGGCACAGUGGAAGCAGAAAAGUUUUGCAAGGCAUUUCAGCAAGUUUACAUGAAACUUGUUUAUGAAGAACUGAGUUCAGAUGCUGCUCAUAGCUUUCUAAACUCAUGAUAUGGUUUUAGACACUGUUUUCCCCUGUUAGGGGCUAGAAUUCCGGAAGCUAUCUGUUUGCGUGCUCUUCAAUCCUUUUUAUUCAUUGUCUUGCUGUUUUACUCCUUCAUAUCAGAGCUGUACUAGGCUAUCACAUAUUCACAUGUAAACUUCACUGUUUUAUCUUUUACUAUUAGUAAAAACAAAGUUGUGUAUUGGUGCUUUUCCCAGUUUA